AGACCGGCCGGCUACACACAGAGACAGACAAGCACGCUCUACCUGUUCUUCUUCCUCUCUCUUCUCCUUUUUUCACUUCAUUCCUCUCCUAGCUUUGCCUAGCUAGCUAGCUAGCAGCUUCUGGCCGGCCUGUUUAUAUUCUUAGCUCUCUUUUUUCGAAAAGGAGGGAGUACCCCCGGCCUAGAUCGACUGUAUCUGCUUAAUUCAUCUUGUUGCAUUUCGAUAUAUAUUUUGUCUGGCUAGCUCCGUACGUUCUUCCCGGUCAUUUCUCUGUGUGAAGACAAGUAUCAACAAUGGAGGAGGUGAAGGGGAAGGGUGUGAGGAGGAGCAAGGCGAAGAGCAUCGGCAUGACGAUGGAGAGGAAGGAGAUCGAGAGGAAGAGGAGGCAGCACAUGAAGGGCCUCUGCCUCAAGCUCGCAUCCCUCAUCCCAAAACAGCACUACUCCUCCGCGGAUACAAUGACCCAGCUGAGCAGUCUCGACGAAGCGGCCUCGUACAUCAAGAAGCUUAAGGACAGGGUGGACGAGCUGCGGCAGAAGAAGAACUCUGCACAGGCCAUGGCUAGCUCAAGAGAAGUUGGUGGCGCCUCGAAGAUGCGCGACAGGACAAUGUUGUCAGAGUUAGAAGUAGAGGAGGAAGCUGGGGAGGCGCUAUCGGCUUCAGUGCCGGUGGUGGAGGUACGACACCAUGACGAUUCGAGCAUGGACGUGGUGUUGAUAUGUAACGCGAAGAGGCCACUGAAGUUCCACGAGGUGAUCACCGUCCUUGAGGAAGAAGGUGCCGAGAUCAUCAACGCCAAUUACUCUGUUGGUGACGACAAAAUCUUCUAUACAAUACACUCCCGGGCCUUCAGUUCAAGAAUUGGCAUAGAGGUUUCAAGGGUUUAUGAAAGACUGAGAGCAUUGGUACGGUAGGAUGUAAAAUGAAACAUGUUAAUCUAUGUAGGAAUAAAAUAAGCAAUUCAAGGACAGUAAUUAUAUAUAUGUGCGCCGUUCUAGUUAUUGAAUGCGCGCGGGCCGGUCGAUCUGGAAUUACCCAAAGUCUUCACCAUUUAUUCUUCGUGUUAAUUCAUUUUCUCACGACAUUAAUUGUGAUAUACCCUACCCGGAAAAAAAAGUGAUAUACCCAAAAAAAUGUUGAUCACAUCUUCCAUGAA